UAUAUAUAUAGGGUUUCUUCGCAGUUAAUUCAGCUUCUUUCAGCACUACAUACAUCUCUACAAAAGUUUGUACUUAGGUACGUACGGUACAUCCAUUACAAGGGCAGUAAGCUAUCCAUCACACCCAAAGAUACAUCGAUCAUUGUGCAAUAAUGAAGGGAAAAGGUGCAAAACUCUUGAAGCAGAUAAUAUGCAUGGUAAGCAGCUUAACUAGAGCCAAAUGCAUGGUGUUAAGGACGAAAACCGAUGCCAUGAAAGCACGGCUUAUGGUCACGGCACUGACCGUCCUGUCCAAGAAAAAGAAGUUGUCGGUCGGCGCCAUCUCUGGAAAGAUCAACAACGCGAUAGACGGGAUAUUCAACCAUCGUAGAAGUAGUAGUAGUAAAGAUAUUGGGGAGGAGGAUGCCGAUGAUGAUCAAGUCAGUAAGGCCAUUGUUCUGUACAGCAACAAGGUGGCGAUGGAGCAUGAAAGCGCUGGUUUGGUUAGCGAUGAGGCGACCGGCUGCAGCUCCGGCCUCGAGCAGUGGAGUCGGUAUGAUGAGGAGAACGAAGACGAUAAGUAUCCGGAUCUGCGGCAUUCGCUGUUUGAUGAGGAGGAGAAGGAGCUGGAGGAUUUGCUGGACGACACGAACUCGUCGGUGAUAGAUCUUGUGAAGAAUUCGAAGGAAAAUGGAGAGGGUUUCAAUCUUGAAGACGAGAUUGACGAGGUGGCUGACUUGUUUAUAAAUAAGUUCCACAAGCGGAUACGCCUCCAGAAGCUGCUUUCCUUCAAAAGGUAUCAGCAGAUGCUGGAGAGAAGUACCUGAUGAGUCUGCAUGGAGUAUUUUUCCAACAAUGGUUUUUUUUUUUAUUAAAGAAAUUAUCAAAGCCCAAUUUCUUGAAACUCAAACCCAUGACUUAUCUUUCAGUAUUGGGUUAUUUGAUUGUUCCUACUUCCGACAAUAUGGAGUAACAUGUCUUUUCAUUCUGAAAAAAAAAAGUAAUAAUAAUCUCACUUUUAUUUAUUGUAUCUGUCCUUAUUAUAAAAAGGCGCAUAUGUACGUCUAAUACGGACGCGUUGAUCAGAUGAUAAAUGUAAUAGUAUUUGGCUCAUGACUUUAUUAUUAGGGGGUCGUGAUGCUGUUUGUUUUAUUCAA